AGCUCUCGCGAGACUCCCGCCGCACCCGCCAAGAUGGCGGCGCCCAGGGAGGCGGCGGGCCGGGCCCGCACCCGGGACGUGCUGCUGCCCGGCGGCCCCGCAGACUUCGGCUCCCUCCUGCUGUCGCCGCCGGUGCUGGCUGGGCUGGAGGCGGCCGGCUUCCAUCGGCCCUCGCCCGUGCAGCUGAAGGCCAUCCCGCUGGGGCGCUGCGGCCUGGACCUCAUCGUGCAGGCCAAGUCUGGCACCGGCAAGACCUGCGUGUUCGCCACCAUCGCGCUGGAGGCGGUGCUGCUGGAGAGCCCCGCCACGCAGAUCCUGGUCCUGGCUCCCACCAGGGAGAUUGCUGUACAGAUCCACGCCGUCAUCACGACCAUUGGCAUAAAAAUGGAAGGCCUGGAAUGCCACGUGUUCAUUGGAGGGACUCCUCUGAGCCAGGACAGAAGCAGGCUGAAGAAGUGCCACAUAGCUGUGGGCUCCCCAGGGCGGAUCAAGCAGCUGAUCGAGCUGGAGUACCUGAGCACGGCCAGCGUGCGGCUGCUGGUGCUGGACGAGGCGGACAAGCUGCUGGAGGAGGGCAGCUUCCAGGAGCAGAUCAACUGGAUCUACUCCUCCCUGCCGCUCAAUAAGCAGAUGCUGGCGGUCUCGGCCACCUACCCCGAGUCCUUGGCUGCUGCUCUCACCAGGUACAUGAGGGAGCCCACCUUCGUCAGGCUGAACCCCACGGACCCCAGCCUUCUUGGGCUCAAGCAGUACUACAAAAUCGUGAAUUCCCAUCCCCUCCCACAUAAAACCUUUGAGGAAAAAACCCAGCACCUGCAGGAGCUGUUCAGCAAGAUUCCUUUCAACCAAGCCUUAGUCUUCUCAAAUCUGCACAGCAGGGCUCAACAUCUGGCUGAAAUACUGACAUCCAGAGGCUUCCCUGCUGAGUGCAUUUCAGGCAACAUGAAUCAAAAUCAACGACUUGAUGCCAUGGCUAAAUUAAAGCAAUUCCACUGCAGAGUUCUGAUUUCCACAGACUUGACAUCUCGUGGCAUUGAUGCUGAGAAGGUGAACCUGGUCAUCAACCUGGACGUGCCGCUGGACUGGGAGACCUACCUGCACCGCAUCGGCCGCGCCGGGCGCUUCGGCACCUUGGGGCUGUCUGUGACCUACUGCUGCCGUGGGGAGGAGGAGAACACCAUGAUGAAAAUUGCUCAGAAGUGCAACCUGCAGCUUCUUCCCCUGCCAGAGCCAAUCCCUCCUGGAAUGAUGGAGCAGUUUGAAGAUGGGCAGGUGGAAGUUAAACCUGCAAUACCCACGGCUCCUGUGCUGAACUGUGACACUGUGUGUCCUAAACCAGAGCAACCAGUGCUGCAGCCUGUCCAGAAUGGCUUUCCAAACACACCUCAGCCUCCCUCUCACCUUCCAAGGGGUAAUUCUUCUGUAGAAAGGCCAAAAAAGACUCCGAAGCAAAAACAGAAUAAAAAGUGCACAAAUCCUGCAAAGGUAGAGAGAAAUAGUGCCCCCCAAACUUCCAGCUGUCGCACAGAGCAGAGGAAUCAAGUCAAACCCAUCUCCAGGAUGGAUGGACAGCACAGCACUCAGGCUCCAUAUGAGGAGGCCUUAAAGAAAAAUCUUCCCAAAAUUCCAUGUUUGUCUUCUUUCAAAAACCAUCUCGCCAGUCCCUGGAGCUUCUCAGAUUUUGUUGAAGAUUAUGACUAUUUCAUUAAAGAAGGGUCAGAGAGAGAGGUGGAGAUCCUCAGAAGUUACUCAGGCCCAGGAGAGCAGCGUGGGCUGCCCAGAAAUGGGGAUGUGGAGUGGGAGGAGAUGGAACAUCACCCAGAGGCAGCAGCAGACGGGGCAGUGUCUGCUGACAGCGAUGGCUCAGAGAGCUCCAGGGAUUCCUGCAGCACCAGGGCCAGUCUCUCCUGCCCUGGGGCCUUGUCAGACACGCAGGAGCCCCGUGCAGGUCCCUGUCCCACCCCUGAGCAGCCUCGGGAGCCACCCCACGGCCCGAGGCAAAAUGGAGUGAAAAAGAAAGUGCCCAAACAAAGUGCUAAACACAAGAAAAGCCACGAGCAUCAGUUCUCCAGACCCGCCAGGAGCAGAACUGAGGAGGAGCAGAGCUGCAGCUCCUGGGAUGAUGCUGCACACGAGGGCUGGAGUUCUGAGGAGUACUGGAAAUGUUACUACAACGCCUGGCAGAGCUACUACUCAGCCCUGUCUCACUACAGCAGGAGCUACUGGCAGUUCAGCUGCAUCAGUGCCUACCACAUCAACUCAGUCUAUCUCCAGGAGCUGCUCAGGGAUGAGGAUUGAUGUCCUGGGACCAGGGCUGGCCUGGCCCGUGGCAGCAGUGCUGCUCUAAAGGACACUGACAAGAGACAGAUGGAGAAAAAUGGUGUCUUUUUAUAAGCAGCUGUGUCUGGUAAAUGUUUUACACAGGUCCAGUGACGCUGUUACAAUUUGUUAAUAAAAGGAAAAGAAAGACA